GUUUGAAACACAUGAUACUUCUUGCAGCCAGCUACUUGUGUUGCAGCCCAUUUUGGAUCAGGACUCUUCUCCUGUUAGUAAAUAGACCUUGGAGCUCUAGUACAUUUGGAGGACUGGUGGUGGAGAACUGAGAACCUAUCGGUGGGAGAAUCAUCUCCAAUAUGGAUAAUAAGGACAUUGGACCCUGAGGGUGAUAAGUGAUCCAGGAAGGAGGACUCCCACACAUAAAGUUUUCUUUGGAAGACAAUGGUCCUUCUCAUUAAUGACCCACCAAGUAUGGACCAGCACAGAAACCACAUGGCUACGAGGAUAUUAGACCUCACCCUAGAGAUCAUCUACCUGAUAACUGGAGAGGAUUACACAGUAGUGAAGAAGUCGUCUGGUGAGUGUGUGACACCCCAUGUGUCAGGAGAAUGGAGCAGGACCCCGGGAGCCAUCACCGAGCCUCCACCUCAUUCACUGAUACAUGAGCAGAAGAUCCUAGAACUUACCAACAGGAUCACUGAGCUGCUGACCGGAGAGGUUCCUAUAAGGUGUCACGAUGUCACUGUCUAUUUCUCCAUGGAGGAGUGGGAGUAUUUAGAAGGACACAAAGAUCUGUACAAGGACGUCGUGAUAAAGGAUCACCAGCCCCUCAUAUCAUUGGAUGAGUCCAGUAAGAAAAAUCUACCACAGAGAUGUCCCAGUCCUCUCUAUUCCCAGGACUGUCCUGAGGAAAACCAGAAUGUCCCUUUGGAUCAUCAGGAACAUUAUGGUGGAAUAGCCAGUGGACCUGAGAACCCUGUGAAUGGUGAAGAAUGUACGAGAGGCUCCGACUCACAUCUGCUGUUAUCUCCCUCUUAUAAUAUAGAAGAUAAUCAAUCACGGCUUGGUACAAAUAGAACUGUACAUAGACUGGGUAAAAUUUAUACAUGUUCUAAAUGCGGAAAGCAAUUUAAAACGAAACGUAACCUUUCCAUACAUGAAAGAAUUCACAGGCCAUUUAAAUGUUCAGAAUGCGGAAAAUGUUUUACUCAGAAAUCAAGUCUCGUGACACAUCAGAGAAUUCACACAGGAGAGAAGCCUUUUCCAUGUUCAGAAUGUGGGAAAUGUUUUAACCUUAACUCAGAGCUUGUGAGACAUCAAAGGGUUCACACAGGAGAGAAGCCAUAUUUAUGCUCAGAAUGUGGGAAAUGUUUUAGCCAGAGAUAUAAUCUUGUGAAACAUUUAAGAACUCACACUGGCGAGAAGCCAAAUUCAUGUUUAGAAUGUGGGAAAUGUUUUAUCCUUAACUCAGAGCUUGUGAUCCAUCAGAGAACUCACACAGGGGAGAAGCCAUUUUCAUGCUCAGAAUGUGGGAAAUGUUUUAGCCAGAAAUAUAGUCUUGUGGGACAUCUGAGAACUCACACAGGAGUUAAGCCUUAUUCCUGUUUAGAAUGUAGGAAACGUUUUAGUAAAAAGAAAAAUCUGGUUGUUCAUCUGCGAACUCACACAGGGAAGAAGCUGCAUUCAUGUUCAGAUUGUGGGAAAUGUUUUAACCAUGAAUCAGAUCUCGUGAAACAUCGACAAACUCACACAGGAGAAAAGCCAAAUUUGUGUUCAGAAUGUGGCAAAUGUUUUAACCAGGAAUCUGACCUCCUGAAACAUCUAAAAACUCACACAGGAGAAAAGCCAUACUCAUGUACAGUAUGUGGGAAAUGUUUUCGUCAGAGAACAAAUCUUGCGGCACAUCUGAGGACCCACACAGGAGAGAAGCCGUUUUCGUGUUUAGAAUGUGGAAAAUGUUUUAGGCAGAGAUAUAGUCUUGAUGGACAUCAGAGAACUCACACAGGAGAGAUGCCAUUUUCAUGUUCUGAAUGUGGGAAAUUUUUCAGUCACAAAUCAAGUCUUGCAAAACAUCUAAGAAUUCACACAGGAAUGAAGCCAUUUUCAUGUCCUGAAUGUGGGAAGUGCUUUAGUCACAAAUCAGGUCUUGUGAAACAUCUGAGAACUCACACAGGGAUGAAGCCAUUUUCAUGUACAAUAUGUGGGAAAUGCUUUAGCCAAAAAUCAGGCCUUGUGUCACAUCAGAGAAGUCACACAGGUGAGAAACCAUUUUCAUGUACACUAUGUGGGAAAUGUUUCAGCCAGAAAUCAGGUCUGGUGGCGCAUCAGAAAACUCACACAGUUGAGAUGCCGCUGUAACGUUCUGAUUGUAUGAAAUGAGACAGGUGUGAAGCUCCAGUUUAAGGCCUCCUGCACGCAAACGUGUGCGCCCCAUGGCCGUGCUGCAGGCCGCAAUGCAUGAACACCGACCGUGGGGCAGCCGCAGUG